CUCCUGUACGCUGUGGAGCACGUCAUUAAACUACACUUUGCUCACCACAAGGUUUGUCGGAAGCCUCUAGAUCAACACGUUCCCGUUCAACUCCCCGGCGACAUGUUAAUUAAACUACCCGUACACGACCUAGGAGGAGAUGUGUUAGCCAUUCCUAAUGGCCUCCAGCCAGGCAAAGUGGUCACAGUCAUCGGCAAGUGUACAGGGGAUAAAUGGUUUACGAUAAACUUUCAGAACCAGGACGGCGGUAACAUAGCACUUCACUUUAACCCUCGUCCAGACAAUGGCGUUGUGGUCAGGAACUCGUUCAGCGAUGGUGCUUGGGCAAACGAAGAACGGGAUCAACCAAGCUAUCCGUUCACUAGCAACGUCGAUUUUACCGUCACAUUCGUUGUGACGAACGAAUGCUUUAAAAUACUCGUGAACGGAGACAAAUUUUGUAAUUUCAAUCACCGCCUAUCUCAUGGUGAAGGUAGUCAUUUAAAGUUAGGCGGGGCGGAUUUCCACGAGGUCCAUGUUUUAGAUAGAUAUACCAAUGGACAUAACACACCACUCCACGGCGGACUGAAGGACGGAAAAGCCAUAAGAGUUCUCGGCGCAUGCCAAGACGACUCCGGAUUUAGUCUCAACUUCAUGAGUGGAAGUGAUUUCGCCUUCCAUUUCAACCCCCGUCCUGCAGAGGGAACUGUCGUGAGAAAUAGCAUGUUGGGCGGGGGAUGGGGUGAGGAAGAAAGAGAAUGCGACGGUUUCCCCUUUGAAACUGGUGCCAUUUUUGACGCCAUGUUUCUCUGCAGCGGUGACGAAUUUACGGUUUUCGUGAACAACAAAGAGUACCUGACCUUUGCUCACAGGUGUGACUGUUCUACAGUCACUGAUUUCCAGGUGCAUGGGAAGAUUGACGUCAAGAUGGUCCAAUGUCUCACAACAAUGGAUGAUGGGUAUGUAAAACCGUUACCAUUCGAACUUGGCCACAAAGAACAGCUAGUCUUCCGAGGCUUCAUGAAGAAAGGUGGAAACAGGUUUGCAGUUAACUUUUUCGAAGGCUCUGACACCGACUCUGACAUUGCUUUUCACCUGAACCCCCGAGUCGACCAAGAUGAGGUCGUAAUGAACACGAGAACAGGGGGCGGAUGGGGAACUGAAGAGAGGAUUCCUUUACCCUCGGUGUUCGGAACCAAUGAUGUGUUUGAACUUAAAAUCAUCUCAAAGAAGAAAAAGUUCAAGGUUGUUCUGGAUGGAGAGACGUUGUGUAAAUAUCGAUGCCGAGGUGAAAUGAAUGAAGUAAAGGGCAUCGGCAUAUCGAAUGGUGACAGUGUGCUCUACAUGGUGGAUGGACGACGCAGAUUGGGGAGCCGGGAGCACGUCGUCCUUUCUGAUCCUCUCGUAGAGGAUAGCUGGGUUGUGGUUCGAGGGAAAAUAAAGAAAAACGGCAACGGAAUCGCCGUGAAUUUCCUGGUAGGAGAUGCCGCCGAUGGAGACAUCGCCUUCCACUUCAACCCCCGUAUUAGCGAGGGCUGUACUGUGCGCAAUGCAUGCAUAGGUGGGGGCUGGCAAGACGAGGAGAGAGACCAGCCUGAUUUCCCAUUUAAACAGAGACAGGAGUUUGAAAUCACAUUUCAGAUAAAGCAAGACAAAUUUUCGACUUUUGUCAACGGAGAACCAUACAUAGAUUUCAACCAUCGUGUCGGUUUGGACCAGAUUGGAGCAGUACAACUGACGGGAGACGGCAAUUUCUUUGCACCUGAGGUUUUGUAGAACUACGGUGGUCAUAUGAACGUUGAUGUAGAUUACUCCAACUGCUUGUGCUAACAAAUGUGCAUUUCACCUCGCUUCUAUUGUAUACAGUCAGCGAUAGCAAUCACAAAAAACAGUCAAGUGUGUUAGUUUUUUUAUUUUCUUUUAUAUAUGCUCUUUUUUUAUGAAAACAGUUUUCUUAAUUACCAUAAUUUGUUCAGUCUGAGUUCUCGUUCUAAAUAAUGUAAAAAUGUAAAAAAAAAAUGAGUCCUACAUUUGUGGUGGAGUCGGGUAGAUCGGGUCUCGAACAUUCGGAAAUUCACUUACUGAAUACUAAGUUUAAUCGGAAAACAAUUCACUUUUUAUAUGUGACUGUAUGGACUUGGUAAAGCUGUUUUACUAUACAAAAUAUUUUUAUCAAAUAACGUGUUCUAAUGCUUCUGUACGAGUCACUAGGAAAUACCCAGUAUCCCGGCUAAAGGAAGACAUUCUAUUAUAAUCUUGUCGUUCCAAGUAUGACAUCACAUCAGGUCGGAUAUUACACCAGUAUUUCAGUUACAGGAAGUAUUCAUAUGGUGAUUGAGCCAUGUAAAGGUGUCUAUAUUUUUUAUUAAUAAAAUAUUAAUAUCCUUAAA